ACUGCCGUGGUCAUAUUGAUUUCAUAUUAUUUUCAGAAAAACGUAAACAAUUUAGAACAAAUUAAUAAAAAUGAGUUUACCGGCAGCACUUUUGCAGCGUUUAAAGAAGAGGGGGCUGGUAACGAAACAAUCAGGCACCACACCAAUAUCGGAGGCUAUAGAAGAAAUUAUAGCCGAAAAUUAUGACGACGAUGAUAAGGGCGCCCCGUAUGCACCCUACAAGGAGGAGCCGGAACCGAAGCGCAAGAGCGUCGAGGAGCAGUUCUGGUCGCAUCGCAUCAAGGAACGCAUCGGCGUAAACGAGUCUCAUCACGGCUACAAAUUGUGCCCCAACAAGUACAACAUCUGGCACAAGUGCUCCCUGUACUGUGUCAACAAAUUCAACAGUACCCCGCACUCCUCGCAGCCCAGCCAGGAGUAUCUCAAGCGCUACAAGAGAUUGCUGAGAAAGUAUCCCCUGGAGGCCGGCUGGAAGGACAUGUACGAUAAGGGCUGCAAGGCGCAUUACUUUUACAACUCCACAACGCAAAAGGUUUCGUGGCUGCCACCAUCCCACCCGAAGGCACGAGUGACCCACAGUGCAGCCGUCUUCCGCCGGCAACUGGCCAACUCCAAUGACGAGUUUAACUUUGACUCCAACAAUUUGCCCAUCUUGCCAAAGUCUACUGGCGGUGGCGGUGGUGGUGGCUCCAAUGAACUAAAUGAACCCGAGAAUGCUUAUACUUCAUCUUAUGCUCCUGCUAAGAAGCAAAAGUCCAGAGAUUUGGAUCGAAAAAUGCAUCGGCGGCGACGCAAUGAUUAGAUUAUUAAAAAGAGUCAACAAUAAAUAAAGCUAUGUUUUACUUUUAAAAAAUA